CCUCCACGCGGACGCAGGCAGUAGACCGGGAGGAGGGAUCAGUACAGCUCGAGCUCAAGGAGACGAACGGUAGAGCGAGCGCCUCUUCUUCUGAAGGACGACCGGACCUCGCGCGUAUCCAGAACUUUAUUAUUUUAUUCCUCUCUUUUCCUCCUCCUUUCCUCCCGUUUUCUUUCCCACGCGAUGAGUGAUUGACCCAGAGAGGGUCCUACGCGCUGUUCUUCUAAAGUUCUGGGUCAGGUCAGUUAGAAGGAGAGGAUGAUGAUGAGGUCCGAGGUCAUCGCGCUGUGCUUCCUGUUCGGAUCUGCGGCACAUGCACAGGCCGUCCCAGAAUGCAACAAGAAACAUGAGUGUCCUAUAGAUGUGUACUUUACAAUCGACACAUCUGAGACCAUCGCCCUGCAAGAACCUCCCCCUGGAUCACUGGUGGAGAGCAUUAAGAUGUUUACAGAGCGUUUUGCAGAGCGUCUGGAGGAUGCUGACUAUAAAGGUCUGGUCCAGAUCAGAUGGCAGUUAGGAGGACUACACUUCUCCCAGAGACAACAGGUCUUCAGCCGUAUACAGGCCAAGGACGCCUUCAUCCAGGGUUUGAGGAAUAUCCGGUACCUGGGUAAGGGAACCUACAUCGACUGCGCCCUCGCUAACAUGACACAGGAAAUGACACGUUUGCCCUCUAACCCCGGAGCGCUGCGAUUCGCUGUCGUCAUUACCGACGGUCACGUGACAGGAAACCCGUGCGGCGGGGUGAAGGUGACGGCCGAGCGUGCGCGCGACGAGGGCAUCAGAAUGUUUGUGGUCGCGGCCACGAAGAACGUGGACGAGACGGGUCUGAGGGAGAUCGCUAACUCUCCGGCCAACGUCUACAGAAAAGACUUCCUGGCUGUCGACCUCAGUGGCAACAGGCCUGUUAUACAGCUGGACACUAUAGACCGGAUCAUCAAGACCAUGACCCAUCUGGCCUAUCAGGAGUGCUACAAGGUGAAGUGUCUGGAGACAGAUGGACCCCCUGGACCUGAAGGACACAGAGGACAAAAGGGAGCUAAAGGAGACAACGGCAACCCCGGUCCUAAAGGCGAUAGGGGAAGACAGGGCGACCCUGGCAUCGAGGGUCCCAUCGGUCACCCAGGAGUCAAGGGUGAAAUAGGUAUCAAAGGUGAAAAGGGGGAGAUCGGAGCUGAGGGGAAGAAGGGUGUGGCCGGCCUCGCUGGACGCAACGGGACAGAUGGACAGAAGGGGAAGAUCGGGCGCAUCGGCGCUCCCGGCUGCAAAGGAGAUCCAGGAGACAGGGGUCCUGAUGGUCACCCAGGAGACGCGGGCGACGGUGGUCUUCCUGGAACGGAUGGAGAGAAGGGAGAUCCCGGUCGCUCAGGAAGAGCAGGCCCCCUCGGCCCGGUGGGAGACUCUGGACCUAAGGGUGAGAGAGGGAGUGCUGGCACACCUGGCUUCCCAGGAAACAAAGGAACGCCAGGAACCGCUGGAGGCCCGGGAGUCAAUGGAGAACUGGGGAGAAGAGGAGACUUUGGGCCAAUGGGGACCCCGGGAACAGACGGAGUUAAAGGAGACAAGGGCGAGGCAGGACCUGAGGGGCUGAGAGGACUACCAGGUGAAGUAGGAAACAAAGGAACCAAGGGAGACAACGGACUCCCAGGGCCACGCGGGCUCCCCGGAACUUCAGGAGCGGCAGGGAAGAACGGUACCCGUGGCGACCCUGGUGAUGCUGGACCCAGAGGAGACCCCGGCCUUCCAGGACUAAAGGGUGACGUUGGAAGAGCUGGCUUCAGUUACCCAGGACCAAGAGGACCAACGGGAGAUCGCGGGGAGAAGGGCGGCCCAGGGCCCAGAGGAGGCAGAGGAGACUGUGGCCCCAAGGGAGGACCAGGGGGAAAGGGAACCUCUGGAGAGGAGGGAGAACCAGGGCCUCAGGGAGAACCUGGAUUCAGAGGACCAAGAGGAGUGGGUGGACGAGAUGGAGAUCCAGGUCCCGAGGGAGACCCCGGCCUCACAGAAUGUGAUGUCAUGAACUACAUCAGAGAGACCUGCGGCUGCUGUGACUGUGAGAAGCGGUGUGGGGCGCUGGACAUCGUGUUUGUGAUUGACAGCUCAGAGUCAGUGGGUCUCGCCAACUUCACUCUGGAGAAGAACUUUGUGAUCAACACCAUCAACAGACUGGGAUCCAUGGCCAAGGACCCCAACUCAGAGACAGGUACCAGAGUGGGGGUGGUCCAGUACAGUCACAGUGGAACCUUCCAGGCCAUCAGGCUCAAUGACUCCAAGAUCGACUCACUGUCUGCCUUCAAGGAUGCGGUGAAGCGUCUGGAGUGGAUAGCCGGGGGGACCUGGACCCCAUCAGCGCUGAAAUACGCCUACGACCACCUGAUCAAAGACAGUCGCAGAGCUAAAGCCAACGUCACCGUGGUGGUCAUCACAGACGGACGGUUCGACCCCAGGGACGACGACUCACUGCUCACAUACCUCUGCAGCGACCCCAGUGUGGACGUGAGCGCUAUAGGUAUAGGGGACAUGUUUGACCAGAUAGAGGAGAAUGAGAGCCUGAAGAGUAUAGCCUGUCAGAGAGACGGUAGGGUGCUGGGGAUGAGGCGCUUCGCUGAUCUGGUGGCAGAGGAGUUCAUCGACAAGAUAGAGACCGUGCUCUGCCCAGAUCCUGUCAUCGUGUGUCCUGACCUCCCCUGUAAAACUGAGCCAGCGGUGGCCAGCUGUGCCCAGCGCCCUGUGGACCUUGUGUUCAUGCUGGACGGGUCAGAGAGGAUGGGAGUGGAGAACCACCGCCGAGCCAAGGAGUUCAUUGAGAACGUGGCGCGCCGCCUCACGCUGGCCAACGGCCAAUCAGACGACAGGAACGCCCGCAUCGCCCUGCUGCAGUACGGCAGCAAAUCAGAACAGAAGGUUGAGUUUUCGCUCACGCACAAUCUGACGGUGAUCGCUGAUUCGCUGGCUGGGAUGAGCUACAUGGACUCCGCCUCCUCUCUGGGCAGCGCCAUCAUACACGCUGUCAACAACCUGGUGAUGUCACAGGGCAGCCGUCUGGCGCGUCGUAACGCAGAACUGUCUUUUGUCUUCAUUACCGACGGAAUCACUGCCAGCGAAAGCCUGGAGGAGGGCGUGUCGGCCAUGCGGCGGGCUGAGGGUGUUCCCACGGUGAUCGCCAUGGGGACCGACACGGACCAGGACGUGCUGAGGAAGGUUGCCCUGGGAGACACGUCAGCCAUCUUUAGAGGAGAGGACUACGCCACGCUGGGGAAACCCACAUUCCUAGAACGCUUCAUCCGCUGGGUCUGCUAACCAGCUCAUUAGAGCUAACCAGCUAACGAGCUCGUUAGAGCUAACCAGCUGUGUUUUAACUAACAGUUAAAGGUGCAAUCCGUAAGAAUCUUUUUAGUAACGAAAUAAACAAACAAAUCAAUGUGUUCUCAGAUGUGAAGGUGCUCUGUGCUUUGCAAAGUUUAAGCAAAAAGUGACAGAACUUGGAAGCUCAACUUCUAGCUCGUCCAAGAGACACAAGGCACUCCAGAUUUUUUUAUCUUUUAAAUUAAUUAAAUGACAGAUUUCACCUUUAACUAGCUAAGCCCAAACAACCAAAGCCUUUCUCAUCAGAGAGUUACUGAUACUGAAGUGUGAAAGAGGUUUGUAAGUCUUGUUUCUGUUAGUUUUUUUGUAUUGUGUUUCUAGAAGAGAUCCCUCACUGUGAGGUCUGUAUCAGUACGUUUGUAUUUUACACUAAAGGUGCUAUUCUAGUGGAAGGAGUUACACACAGUCUCGUGUUGCACAAACAGUCAACUCUGUUUAUCAAACAGUCUUAAUUUUUAAACAGUUCAGUUUUUCAAACUUUGUAAUUUCAAUAGAAGUGCCGCUUUAUACUUUAUUAUUCUAGUUCAGGGGACCAUCCACUCAUUUAGACACAUCUCUCACACACAUCUCUCACACACACACAUCUCUCACACACAAACACACCAAUUAGUUCAGGGUUUCAAACUCGGUCCUGUCCUCCUGCUGAGCUAGCUACUCUGAGCUAGCUACUAAACCCAACACCCCUACAUCUAUACCCAACACACCCACACUUUUACCCAACACACACACACACACACACACACACACACACACACACACACACACACUGAAAAUGCAUUUGUUGUAAACUGAGCAGUAUGUAAUAAAGCUAGCUGUGGUGAAACCAGA